CCUCUAAGUGACUCACAUCUGUGGUGCCACUACACUUCCUCUGGCCUCGUCUUCGACUUCAUUUGGGAGAAUGUGGAGCCACAUGAACAGACAAACUGGAGCGUUUUUUCUUCUGUCACAUCAAACACUCGCAUUUUGAAACCGAACUGUGAUGUGGAAAAAGAGUCUUCUUGUGUUUCUUUUCUCUCUUUCGACUCUAAAAGCAGAACUGAAUCGUGAGACGAUGAGAAAAAAAAACAAAUUCAUUUCUCCAACUUUGGACUCAAAAACAAAUGAAGUCAUGAAGGGUCAAAAUGUAUCCCUCAUCUGUUCCAACCAGAACAAAUCACUACACAUCACCUAUGUUUUGUUUCGGAGUGAGAAACACAUAAGAACCCAGAAUAGCACAGGUGAACCUGUGAUUUUUAAUCUAAGCAUCUCAGAAGCCCAGGAUUUGGGGCCCUACAAAUGCAAAGCCAAAGUUUCCAACUGUUGGAAAUACAGUAACUCGUUCAAUUUCACAUUUAUGGACCCGGUGACCACUCCAGUGCUGAACAUCACUGUUGUUAAAAAUCAAACCAACAAUUACCUAAUCCUACGCUGCAUCUCGUUCCACGGCUCUCUGCCCAUCAAUUACACUUUCUUUGAAAAAGGCAUCGUUGUGUCACCAGUUAUUUCCAUGUAUAAAAGGGAACCUGCUGAAUUUACUUUAAUCCAGAAGAACACUGGAGGAUGGGAAGAGUAUAAGUGUAAAGCUAACAACAGACUGCCCGACCGUGCAAAAUACAGUCAUCCCGUCACCAUGCCCUCAACAGGUGGCCACAGCUGUCCGCUCUGCCUGCAGCUGCUGCUUCCAGUGUUAUUACUGGUACUGAGCGUAACCCUAAUUCUGGCAUUUUGGAUGCUACCAAAGUACAAAGCAAUUUAUAUAGGAAAAGCUAUGAGAGAUAAGACACCGAGAGACUAUGGAAAUACAUCCACUGAAGUUGGAAUAUAUGCAAAUGUCCAUACAAAGCAAGCAGAUGAGGAGUCUAUGCCAAGCUUGGAACCAAGGCACUGUGUCUCCUCAGCCCAAGAUGAAACCAAACACUCUCAGGAAAUACACUAUUCCAACCCCAUGUUCCGGAAGGUGACACCGAGAGAUCAUGAAGCCUAUAAUGAUGAUAAAGCUCGAUGUGUCUAUGCUGAACUCAACUUGUGAAAUUUAAAGAUACAAACUACACCUCAAGGCAAGAUACUUUUUACAAAGCUGAUUGACAUGAAGACAAAGCAAACUUGAUUGACUUUAAAAUGUCUCUCCUGGUUACCUAAAGUGAAUCACUUUUUUUUUUCCCCCUGAUGAAACACUGUUCCUUUGGCAUAGUCAGGCACUGCCAAUCCUGUCGUCAGACAACAACUUUGUCAGGUGGUGACAGUUUUUAAAUGCUUUAGCUAUUUUUGGGCACGGACCAUUCUCCCUAUUUCCACAUCAUUUAAAAAAAGAAAUAACUGUUUGACCACUGCGCUUUUCACAAGUCAUCUUUCCCGUCUCCCUGUCCCUGUGCCACUGAAGAUUCAGAAGAACACAAAGCAAACACCAUGCCUAAAUUCUAAAACAAGAAGCGGUGACCUUGAAGAUGUGUCUGAAGGAAACAGGGCCUGCAGUCACCAUGAGAGGCCGGCAAGCUUACUCGACGAGUACACAUAUAUUAUUCAUUGCCAUUAAAAUUUGCUCUCCGAUUUGGGGAGGCUGCAAAAACAUUUAUAUUGAUUUUCACGGACUUUCUCAGUCCUCAAGAGUGAGCUGAUGUCAAAGGCGUGCCCUGUAGGGGCUGCAUUUCCCCUCCGUGUUCGGUGGAGGGAACAGCCCAGAGUUAGGUUGCAGGAGAGAAGAGAAUGGAUUAGUUUUGUGGGAUGGUGGUAACAAAGUAUCAUCAACUGGUGGAUUAAAACAAUAGAAACUUCUUUUCUCACAGUUCUGGAGGCCAGAAAUCCAAAAGCAAGGUGUCAGCAGGCCCACACUCCCUCCAAAGGCUCUGUGGGAGAAUCCGUCCUGCUUCUUCCUGUUCCUCGUGGCAGCAUCACCCCAACCUCUGCCUCUGGCUUCACACAGCCCUCUCUUCCUCUGCCGGUCAAAGAUUUAGGAACCACCUGGAUAAUCCAGGAUGACCAUAUCUCAAGAUCCUAAACCUAAUAUCAUCUGCAAAGCCCCUUUUACCAAAUAAGGUGAUAUACACAGCUUCCAGGAGUUAGGACGUGGACGUAUGAUUUUGGGGAGCUGGUAUUCAGCCUACUACAGGGGACAAAUGAGAGAGAAAUAACACCUAUGCCACAGAGCUGCUGUGAGAGUUAAUUCAGGGGACGAAUGUAAAGGGUUUGGAGCAGGGCCAGGCAUAUAAUAAGCUCAAAAAAAGCUAGCUCUUUGUAGUAUGAUGAUGUUUACUCUGAGUCAUACUGGUGGGCUGCUCCCCUUAGAAACUUUGAAGUCUUUGACGUCAUACACUUGGUGAUUGGGUCACCCCUGGCUUCUUCAUGUCUUAACCUGAGCUCCUUCCUAAAAGCAGAGCUGAGACAAGAACUUGGGUGCUGGUUGUUCAUAUGGGAGGUGAUCCCAGGGAGCAGGAGAGCCCAGUGAGAGGGAAAUAGAAAACAAACCAACACAAGGGACAGGGAGGGGCUAGCAAAUGAGCAACUAUACUAGUGAUGGAUUAAAUCCUAUUAAAAUCUUUCAGGGUCUGCUUGGCCGGUGUGGCUCAGUGGUUGAGUGUCGACCUACACCAAGAGGUCACCAGUUCAAUUCCCGGUCAGGGCACAUGCCCAGAU